CUGCCUUCCUCCUCCUCCUCUCUCCUCGGCUGGCGGCGGCAGGCAGGCAGCAAAGGCUGGCGACCAUGGCGCUGAGCAACUUCCUCUUCGCGCAGUGCACCUGCUACUUCCUCGCCUUCCUCUUCAGCUUCAUCGUGGUGGUGCCGCUGUCGGAGAACAGCAACGACUUCCACGGCCGCUGCCUGCUCUUCACCGAGGGCAUGUGGCUCAACGCCAACCUAACGGCCGAGCGGCAGCGCUUCACCGUGCAGGAGUGGGGGCCCGAGUCCGCCUGCCGAUUCAGCCUCUUCGCCGGCCUCCUCUCGCUGCUGCUCGCCGCAGUGCAGGCCUGGAGGACGCUCUUCUUCCUCUGCAAAGGCCACGAGGAGUAAGUGGCGGCCGGGGAGGGAGGGAGGGAGGGGAGGGGAAGGGAGGGAGCUGGCUUAAAACAGCGGGAGGGGUCCUCCCUCCCGUGGAAACGGAGACUCCCCGUCGCCCACCAGAUGCCUUGAGCGCCAGACUCCAAGCGAAAAGGCUCCGUGCGCAUUCCUCUAGGCUUGCAGCAGGAUGAGCUGGGGUGUCUAUUCAGUCCGGAUACCCCCUACGCUUGCCUGUUCUGAAAUAAAGCCCCACUGGUCGGCCCCUGUGAGGACAGGGUGCUGGAUUAGAUGGGCCUUUGGCCUGAUCCUGCAGGGCUCUCCUUUUUAGGCUCUGGUUUUGGCUCCAAAACUGCAGCUCAGCAUAGGGGGUUGGACUGUACAUACACACACACACAAAACGACCAUUUAAAACAUGUACACAAUAAAGGAGGAUUUAAUGCAUACUUUUUGGAGUUGCGGCAAAUUAAUACCUUUCUGGGCAGACUUACUGAAUAUUAUGUGAAUAUGUACAGGCUGCGAUUUCCCAAGAUACCCCAAAAAAGAGCUCCCCUAUUGAUACUCUAUCCUGAAACCAUUAAUACUGAUUUACAUCUGAUUGCUACCCCGCUAACCACAGCAGAAUUGCACAAAAAAUGGGAAGACAUCCCCCUACCAUAACGGUUUGGUUAGGGGAAACUAUCUUAAUGAUAAAGCUUACACUUGAGAAAAACACAAUGCUGAGAACAAACUUAUUGAGAGGUGGGCAUUUUUACAUUCCUGGAAUGACAACAUAAAUUACAUUUCCCCCCUUUUAAUUUAAUCAAGGUAUUACAGAGUUUUGCUAUGUUGUCCCCACCCCUUUAUCUGUAAUUUCAUUUUCCACUUUAUUCCCCUCCCUCCUCUUUUUUAAAAUUUCAUUUGUUUUCUUCUUAUUGCAAGGAUGUUUGAUGUAUAAUGGUUUCUGCUACAUAUCGUUACAAAAUAAGAGCAAUAACAUUAAAACAACAACAAGCAAACACAUGCACAACUGAUGCUGAUAUUGUGGGUUUCAGCUGCUGCUUCUGUUUAUGGUGCUUCUCAUCCCAAGAGCUGAAAGGCAGGUAUGGUUCUCCAAAAGUUUUCUGCUACAUUGAGUGAAUCCCACCUUCUCCUGGCUCACCCACCUCCUCUGGGCCCCCCAAAACCAAUUUUGAUUCUUUUUCAAUGGUCUGAGUACCACAACUGGCUCUUCGAGUGGUACCCAACAUGGUGUCUUCUGAAUUUUUGGGGCUACAGCUCCCAUCAUCCCUGACUGUCAGCCAUAUUGGUUGGGACUGGUGAGAGCUGGACUCUUACUGCUUCGGGGGGGGGCACCAAAUUAGCUAUCUCUGAGAUAUUCCAUUUCUAUGCUUCCUUUGGAAAAGUGGGAGAGCUAGCUAUUAUUGUUGAGAGCCAGUGUGGAGUAGUGGUUAGAGAGAUGGAGUAGGACCUGGGAGACCAGGGUUCAAAUCCCCACUCAGCUCUGAAGGCCACUUGAUGACUUUGGGGCAGUCACUGCAUCUCAGCCUAACCUACCUCACAGGAUAAAAUGUGAAGAUAAAAUGGAAAGGGGGAGGAGAUUUGAACCCUGGUCUUUGGAGAAAAGGUGGGAUAUACAUGUAUAAUAAUAAAAAAUAGAUUAUUUAUGGUGAGAUCUUUUCUCUCCAAAUGUCUGCAAGCAACCAGGAGGACCUAAGAGCCCCAAUCUUCAUUAGGCAAAUUUCUAUUUUAUUAAGAUCAAUAUGGUACCUCCCAUCCCCAGUUAGUCCUAAGCACAAUGAAAACCAGAAGAUAAAAAGCAGGCAACAUGUUCUGUUACAGUGUCUGCAGAGCAGACAGUUCCAGAGGCUUUGGGCAAGUGAUCCAAACCACAGGCUUAUAAUAGAAUGUACCAUUGAUCUCCAUGGUGAUGAGUGCCUGCAGCACUGGUAAUAUUUUAUACACUGCAUUCAGCUGGCUUUCGAGAUCUCUCUGGGGUGCUGCAGUUUAGCUCAAAGUACCACAAGCUAUGAAGAGGUCUUUGCCUGUCCACGUGUUCACCUGUGUAAGAUGAACUGCUCAAGGCUGGUAGAAUGGGCAGGGCGUGGAUGAUGAUGAAGCUUUCCAUAAACUAGAUAUGGUGAACUGGCUGCCUUCCUGACAUUGCUGAACUUUGGCUCUCAUCAGCUCCAGCUGCCAUGGCCAAUGUUCAGGGAUGAUAGGCUUUGUUGUCCGACAACAUCAGGUGACCCACAAGACUUGUCUUAAACUCACAAUAGGCCUGGUGGAUGAUUUUGUCCAUGGGUGUCUAACUAGCAGAUCAGAGGGAAGGCUAUCAGAACGGAGAGGUGUGGUUGCCAAAUUAUGGUGAGCUUCUAUGGAACGUAGUUUUGGAUUACUGAUUUCUUGCCUGCAAUUUGAUAUGCUGCCAUUUUACUCUGUGUUAGACAUUAUUCUCUGUCUUGUUUGGGUUUAAGCUCUUAAAUUAGGUUAGUUUACUUAUAUUGCUUUACAUAAGUGAGCUUAUGAUAAUUCUUAAUAGUUUCUUAGUAUGGUUUUUUUUGGAUUGUUACAUUUAUUGCAGUUAGUUUGCUAUGCUGUGAGUCACGCUUUGCAGAAAAGUGGUUUACAAAUAAACUGGUGGUGAUUACGAUGACAGGCAUCCAGCUUGUAAUAUUCCGGGGAUGAUCAAAGUGUUUAAACUAGAAAGCUGUCCUGCAACCUGGAUACACAAAGGACCACUUGCUAUGGCAUGAAGCUGUUUAGAUUUUAAGAUCAGCCUCAAGAGGCCUUGCUCCAAGUCUAGCCACCAUUGAAGAAAGGUGGAGGAAGGUAGAACAUCUGCAAAACAUUCCCAGCUUCUCCAAACUUUCAUAAUAAGAUUUGUUUUCCAUAUCACUGGCUAUCUAGGUUGAAGAAAGUGGGGUUUUUGUUUUUUUGCCUGGCAAAGAGCAGACUGAGUGGGGGUGUGAUAGGGUUAGGGUUACUGGGUUAAGUUUAAGGUGCUGGUUUGGGUGCAUAUAGUUGUAUACAGCUUGAGAGAUAGAUACCUGAAAUAUUGUCUCACCUAUUCUAUAACCAAUUGAUCACUGCUCUGCAGGUGAGGGCCUUCUGCAGAGACCAUCAUAUCAGGAGGUCCAUUCCACACAAACUAGGAAUCAGGCUUUUAGUGGUGUGGCACCUGCCCUUUGGAAUACUUACCCCAUGCAUAUCAGACAGGUGCAGUCUCUGUUGUCCUUUUGACACCUGGUUAGCAGACCUUUUAAACUAAGAUCUUUCCAAGUCUGCAUCUGCAGUGGGACAUUUUAAAAGUUGUUGCUUACCAUCCUUGCCUGCUUUGGGAAGAAGGACGGGAUAUGCAUUUAAUAAAUAAAUGAAUAAAUAACAGUCUCUCUCAGUUUUUCCAACAUUCAGCUGCAUUGAAUGGGCCUGAAUUCUACUACUAUGGUGAGGGAAACAACCUCUCCCUACCUUGUACUGGAUAAGUCCUUUUCUCCUACACUGUGUUCACAGUCUGGGUCCAUCUACCCUCCCCUAGUUGCUGGUUAUUUGUGAAACAGAAAGCAGCUACACAAUACUAAACUCUGACAAACCUCACAUGUUAUUUAGUGCUGAUUUGUUUGCAAGUCAGAGCAUGGGCAAAGUAUAAGCCAACCUCCCCCAACCUAGUACUCUUCAUAUGGUUUGACUAAUACCCCCAAUUCAGCCCAGUUGUGGUGGCCUAGGCUAAAAGGAAAUGUUUGAGGUCUGCCACCAAAAAUACAUAGGAGUGGGGAAGGAGAUUGUGGGAUAGGGCUCUUAAACCCAGAUCUGUCAGUAUCAAUCUGGGUUUAAGUAGCUGGAAAUCCCUAGUGGGGUGAAUGCUGUUGCACUCAGGACUUGCUUGUUGCACUCAGAAGAAGAAGAAGAAGAGUUUGGAUUUGAUAUCCCACUUUAUCACUACCCUAGGGAGUCUCAAAGCGGCUAACAAUCUCCUUACCCUUCCUCCCCCACAACAAACACUCUGUGAGGUGAGUGAGGCUGAGAGACUUCAGAGAAGUGUGACUAGCCCAAGGUCACCCAGCAGCUGCAUGUGGAGGAGCGGAGACGCAAACCCGGUUCCCCAGAUUGCGAGUCCACCACUCUUAACCACUACACCACACUGGCUCUCUCACACUCAGGACUUGCCCAGAAGCACCUGGUCAGCCACUGUGAGAUAACAGGAAGCUGCAGUAGUCCUAAUGUUGCUGUUGUUGUUGUUUAGUCGUUUAGUCAUGUCCGACUCUUCGUGACCCCAUGGACCAGAGCACGCCAGGCACUCCUGUCUUCCACUGCCUCCCGCAGUUUGGUCAAACUCAUGCUGGUAGCUUCGAGAACACUAUCCAACCAUCUCAUCCUCUGUCGUCCCCUUCUCCUUGUGCCCUCCAUCUUUCCUAACAUCCGGGUCCUUUUCAGGGAGUCUUCUCUUCUCAUGAGGUGGCCAAAGUAUUGGAGCCUCAGCUUCACGAUCUGACCUUCCAGUGAGCACUCAGGGCUGAUUUCCUUAAGAAUGGAUAGGUUUGAUCUUCUUGCAGUCCAAUGAACUCUCAAGAGUCUCCUCCAGCACCAUAAUUCAAAAGCAUCAAUUCUUCGGCAAUCAGCUUCUUUAUGGUCCAGCUCUCACUUCCAUACAUCACUACUGGGAAAACCGUAGCUUUAACUAUAUGGACCUUUGUUGGCAAGGUGAUGUCUCCACUUUUUAAGAUGCCACUCUUUUGUUGAAGUGAGGGCCACUUCAUUUCUUUUACGGGAUUCUUGCUCACAGUAGUAGAUAUGAUGGUCAUCCGAACUGAAUUCGCCCAUUCCCGUCCAUUUUAGUUCACUGAUGCCCAGGAUGUCAAUAUUUAUUCUUACCAUCUCAUUUUUGACCACAUCCAGCUUACUAAGGUUCAUGGUUCUUACAUUCCAGGUUCCUAUGCAAUAUUUUUCUUUGCAGCAUUGGACUUUCCUUUCGCUUCCAGGCAUAUCUGCAGCUUAGUGACCUUUCGGCUUUGGCCCAGCCGCUUCAUCAGCUCUGAAUCUACUUGUACUUGUCCUCCGCUCUUCCUCAGUAGCAUGUUGGAUGCCUUCUGACCUGAGGGGCUCAUCUUCCAGCAUCAUAACUUUUAUACGCCUGUUGUCUUUGUCCAUGGAGUUUUCUUGGCAGGGAUACUGGAGUGGCUUGCCGGUUCCCGCUCCAGGUGGAUCACGUUUGGUUACUCUGCUUACUUUGCUUUGGCAAACGUUGCUUACGAGUUAUAAUUCCCUUUUCUUCUCUCUUCCCCACCUCCCACUUUCCCCUCCCAGCUCUUUCUUUUACGCCUUCCUGAAUCUGCUCAUCAGCGCUUUUGUGGUUUUCGUCAUCUUCAUCGCCAGCACAAUCGUAAGCGUUGGCUUUAACAUGUGGUGCGACGCCAUCACCGAAAAAGGAAGCAUGCCCAACAGGUGAGUGUGGCAGGCGAGGGUCCUUCCCAUUGAUGCAUGCACUCAGAUAGACGGGAGGCAAUAAGCGAAGGGCAGGUAUGGAAGCAAGGGAAACAGGCAAAAAGAGGUGUGAGCUGGAAAUAAUCUCCUAACGGUAUGAUGGGUAGCUACAGCGAGGCCAACAGAAGAAGAAAUUGCCCCUUCUUUGGCUUACGUUGUCAGAUGCAACACAGGACAGAGAUCCAGUGGCUUUAAGAAUUAUCUAGCAGCAUUGCAAUGGGAGAAGUUAACUUCCCCCUUUUCUGUGAUUUGAGGGGGGAAAAAGAAGACUACUGGAGGCCAGUCCUGUAUUGAAUAUGGCAGUUUGGACCUUGAAACUGCAGCACCCUUCGUCAAACAAAGCAAGAUAUGGAAGGAGGGGAAGGAAGAAUGGUUAAGCACUUCUAUACCACAUGGGAAGUGAAAAUUUGGAUGUGCAGAGCAUUUGAUUACUACUAUUAUAUUCCUUGUCCCUCAAAAUCCAGGGUGUGAUGUGUAUCCUAAAAGAUUUAAGCUAUUUUAGGGAUGGGGAACCUCAGGCAAGGGGAUCCUAGGCUUCUUUUGUGGCCCUUGGAACUGUCUUCAGACCACACCACUCCAUAGCCAUGUCCCCCCCCCUCACCCAGCCCUUAUCUCCACUCUCCUUGAGUGGUUUUGCCUGACUGGAAUGUGCUGUUGAACCCCAAUAGCGCUUUUUGCUGGAGGAUAGAGAGGGAUGGUGGAGGUGAGGGAGGGACUCGUGAGUGUGCUUUAAAAUUAGCCUACGAAGGUGAAUUUCACGCUUGUUACUCCACCCACUUUUCCCUCUGGCCCCGCCCAUCACAGACCCAUGACUCCUAGAAGGUUGCCCAGAAUGGCAUGUGGUCCCCAAAUUGAAGAAAGGUUCUUCGCCCCUGAGCUAGUACUAGCCUAUCUAAAAAUCUGACAUAUACGCACCUAUCCUAUUCUAGAUAAAUGAAAAUGGGACAUAAUUUGCUUCAUAGUAAAGGGCAGUAAUCCAUAUUAACAUGGUUGGGUGAGGAAAUUGCUGUUGUUCCUUUACACAACUGAAUUAGCUUGCAAGGGGUGGGGGUGGGGGUUGAUUUUCAGAAACAACUAGGAAUGUGCAUCUAAAAUGCUUCCAGGCUGCAAUUUAAAUUUAUCACUGUUGUAGAGUAUUAAAGCCCAGCAAUAUUGCACAAUUGAGAAAUUAUCCAGCGUAUUGAACCACUCUGCGUGUUUGGUACUAGAAAUAUUUUUAUUGAGAGUCUAAAUUUCUUUCCCUUCAUGUUUUUUUUUAAUAAAAAAAAAUAUCCACUGGCUCAUAAAGUAGAAGAUAAAAUGGUGACAUUUUAUGUCAUAUGAUACAGAUAAACUGCAUUGCUAAAGCAUUUACUUUGUUUCACCUUGUCAUAUGUUGUAAAAUGCCAUUAGUGAAUGUUCUGUUUAGGGCUGCAACGGUUAUUCGAAUAUUCCGUUAAAAGGGGAGGUUUUUUUUGAAAACAAAAAAAUCUCUGGACUAAUAGAAUAUUCGGAUAAGCAUCCAAGAUGGCUGACAACACUGGAAAGGAAGGAGAGAAAAAGAGAGAGAGAGACAGACAGAGAAAGAAAGAGAAGAGGCCUUCUGAAACCUCAGAACCCCGGGGAAUUGUUCACAGCACCAAGUAGAAAUCCAAGUUACCUGUAAACAAACCAACCCAAAACCACCCGUAGGCAGACUCUAUCUGACCAACUCUUUGCUCUGGAGCAUCUGAAACAAACAAAACAAAAACCACACACACACGCAAACACCCCUUUCUUCUGAAGUCUUCUCUGGUGAUGUCAAAAGGUAAUGGAGGCUCAUAACUCAGUUUCAUUGUGGGGUGAUGCCAAAGUGGGGAUUGUCUGUGUGGGUGGUUGAGUCGGUGGGGCAAAAUAGGAGAGCUUAAGGCUUUUCAAAUGCUGGUUUUAGGUAAGGUGGAGGACUUCCCCUGCACAUUUUUGCUUCAUUUGCAUUGCAUGCUUUUUUGUUUCUCAUCCCCAGUAGUCAUUGUCAGUCUGGGGCCCCCCACCACUGUUUCUCUUUGUGUGUGUUUUUUAAUGUAUGGUGCUUAUGGGUCUAAAGGUCUCCUCCAGUUUGGCAUGAUGAUUCUUGAACUCAAGGAUAGUUCAUAAACUCUGUGUUGGGAUACCAUCGGACAAGAUGGUGGACUCUACCUUUCAAAACUGCAAUGUAACCCAAUUUUGCACAAUGGUUCCUGAACUCCUGACAACCAUAUGUCAGCAGUGCUCUGAUGGUGUUUCCUGCUUGGCAGGGGGUUGGACUCGAUGGCCCUUGUGGUCUCUUCCAACUCUAUGAUUCUAUGAGUCUAUGAACUCAAGAAGCCGAUCACCACCAAAUUUGGCCUGAUGGUUCAUGAGAUCAAGGAUCAGGUACGAGGUAGGUAAGGCUGAGAGAAUCUUGACGGGUCAAGUUCACUUCAUGAGCUUCAUGGCUGAGAAGGAAUUUGAACCUGAUUCUCCCAAGUCAUAGUCAAAGCUCUAACCACAACACCACACUGGCCAGAGGUCAAUUCAGUCUGAUGCAAGAAGGUUCUUCUUACAUUCUUAUGCCGAGGCUGGUAUGUUGUGCUAAUUGUGGCUGUAAACUCCCUUGUGUAUCCAUUUCACAAUUAUUGUGCAAUGGCCAAAAUGCAUGCUGGUCUCCUAUUUUAUUUUUUAAUUUUUUUACGAUUCCAUUGAAAGGUCUUGCCAGAUUAGAGACCCAAUUUAGUUUCAGAAUGCAGACACGGAUGAAACAUUCAUACAGCUUCUCUCUUUCUCUUAAUCUGCAGGAAAUUGAUCAAAGUGGGAACAGUUGGCAAAGUAUUUGAAGGGACGUUGACAUUUUGGCCUUUGCUCCAUUAUUUCUGGUUGAGAUCAAACUGCAAUAAACUCUGACUGGUUCAGCGGCAUGCGCUGAGAGACAGAGGCUGCAAUAUGAAAGUUUAUCCGUGUUUCAAGGAUAGCAGGAUGAUUGUUUUAUAAUGAAGAUGUUGUCAUCCAGUUGUUAUAUAUGGCAGUGGGCUAUUGCUUCUUGGGAAUGGAGCUUUAUUGGACAGGAUUUAGAGGUCUGUUUCAGGUGGAGCUCAGAAAAGGUCAUUUGGAAUUGCUGAAAUGAUUUUCAUUUCCUCCCCUCCCCCUCAUCCAAAAUGUCUUCUCCCUCUAGCUGUGAAGAAUUACAGGAUAUAGAUCUUGAGCUGAAUUUAGAAAACUCAGCAUUCUACGACCAGUUUGCCAUCACACAGGUAAGUCAAGUGUUUUCCACCAAAGUCUCUUUGUUUGUCCAUAGAGCUGAUAAGUUGCAGUUCUGGGAAGGAAUACUGAUUAUUGGCUGUAAUAAAGAGAUUGAUUAAUUGAUUGAUCGAUCUCUGGAAAGGUUCUCAGUGUCAUCUUGUCUUCUCUGGGAAUCAAAAGUAGCAUCCCUGAUGAGGAUGGGGUAGAAAUUCAAUUCAGUAUGCAUUUAAAGGAGGAUCUAUCAAAAUCACACUUUCUGGGGCAACGUAAGAAACAAAAGAUGGUCAGCCUUCAGAUAAAUUUGCAUUGAUCUGAACUUUGCAGAUCUGAACUUUGAAACCAGUCAUUGUUUUCAAAAAUGCAUGUAUUAGGAGAAGGGUCACCCAGUGAGCUUCAUUGAAUUUUGAAUUCUGCCCGUCCAGGUCCAACAUUCUACACCACACUGCCUCUCAGUUGGAGAUGGAGUCAAAUACCACCUGGAAGGCACCAUGUUAGCCACCUCUGUAUAAUUCAGUCAAAAACUUCCCCGUAUAAACAGACUUGCAUGUACAGUGGUACCUUGGUUUACGAACUUAAUCCGUUCCGGAAGUCUGUUCUUAAACCAAAGCAUUCUUAAACCAAGGUGUGCUUUCCCAUAGUAGUGGGGGACUCAAUUUACAAAUGGAACAAACUCAAAAGGAAGUGAAACAUGUUCUUAUUCCAAGGCAAAGUUCCCAGACCAAAACACCUACUUAUGGGUUUGCAGCGUUCUUAAUCCAAGUUGUUCAUAAACUAAGCUGUUCUUAAACCAAGGUAGCACUGUAAAUAAAUUGGUAUUAGGAACUGCUUGACCUUGUUACACUCUCUCUCUCUCUCUCUCUCUCUCUCUCUCUAGUUUGGCCUUUGGGCUGCCUGGCUCACUUGGCUUGGAAUUACCAUUUUGGCCUUUUUGAAAGUUUACCAUAACUACCGGCAGGAGGACCUUGUGGAAAGCCUGAUUCAUGAGAAGGAGCUUUUGCUAGGAAGAUCCUCAUCACGAACUUCUUUCCAGGAGGAGAAAAGUGGCAUGAUCUAAUGGGCAGACAAGCCAGUCUACCUAGCAGGUUGUAGGGGUUUAAAAAAAAAAUAAAAAUAAUUAUAAUAA